AUGAGCGAGCCUACCAAGAUCAGCAUUCUCGGUAAGGAGAGCAUCAUCGCUGAUUUUGGGAUUUGGCGCAAUUAUGUCGCCAAGGACCUGAUCAGUGGAUGCCCGUCUACGACCUACGUCCUUAUCACCGACACAAACAUCGGAUCCAUCUACACCCCCGGUUUCCAGAAGUCCUUCGAACAAGCGGCUGCUGGCAAUACUUCGUCCCCCCGUCUCCUGAUAUACUAUGCUCCCCCGGGUGAAGUUUCGAAGUCUCGACAGACAAAGGCGGAUAUCGAAGAUUGGAUGUUGAGUCAGAGCCCACCAUGUGGCAGAGACACGGUUGUUAUCGCAUUGGGAGGAGGAGUUAUUGGAGACUUGACGGGAUUUGUGGCUGCGACUUACAUGCGUGGUGUCCGCUAUGCUCAGGUCCCCACAACGCUUCUCGCCAUGGUCGACUCGUCGAUUGGAGGAAAGACUGCGAUUGAUACCCCUCUGGGCAAGAAUUUGAUUGGUUCGAUCUGGCAGCCUUCCAGAAUCUACAUUGAUCUGGAGUUCCUCGAGACGCUUCCUGUGAGAGAAUUCAUCAACGGAAUGGCGGAGGUUAUCAAGACUGCGGCCAUCUCGAGCGAGGAGGAAUUCACGGCCUUGGAGAAUAAUGCAGAGGUGAUUUUGAACGCUAUUCGCAAUGAGGUGAAGCCGGGCCAGUCCCGAUUCGAAGGCAUCCAAGACAUCCUUAAGGCAAGAAUUCUGGCAUCUGCACGUCACAAGGCCUACGUCGUUUCCGCGGACGAGCGCGAGGGCGGUCUUCGGAACCUGCUAAACUGGGGCCACUCCAUCGGUCAUGCCAUCGAGGCAAUUCUCACCCCUCAGGUUCUCCAUGGAGAGUGUGUCGCAAUUGGUAUGGUCAAGGAAGCUGAACUUGCCAGACAUGUCGGUGUUCUAAAGGGUGUUGCUGUGGCUCGUAUUGUCAAGUGCAUUGCCGCAUACGGCUUGCCUACUUCUCUGAAGGACGCACGGAUUAGGAAGAUGACUGCCGGCAAGCACUGCUCGGUUGAGCAGCUGCUCUUCAACAUGGCCCUUGACAAGAAGAACGACGGUCCCAAGAAGAAGGUAGUCUUGCUGUCGGCUAUCGGUCGAACUCAUGAACCACAAGCUAGCGUCGUGUCGAACGAGGAAAUUGGUGUUGUCCUUGCUCCCAGUGUCGAAGUGCAACCGGGUGUCACACCCGCACUCAAUGUCACCUGCGCACCUCCAGGGUCAAAGAGUAUCUCGAACAGAGCUCUCGUUCUCGCCGCUCUCGCCUCCGGCACUUGCCGUGUCAAGAACCUUUUGCACUCUGAUGACACCGAGGUCAUGCUGAACGCCCUGGAGCGUCUUGGUGCCGCUACCUUCUCUUGGGAGGACGAAGGCGAGGUCCUCGUGGUGAACGGUAAGGGAGGAAACCUGGAAGCCAGCCCAUCACCGCUCUACCUUGGCAAUGCUGGUACGGCUUCAAGAUUCCUUACCUCCGUUGCAACCCUUGCCAAUGCAACCACUGCGGACUCGAGCAUCCUCACCGGAAACAACCGCAUGAAGCAACGGCCCAUUGGCGAUCUCGUCGACGCUCUUACAACAAACGGUGCCGGGAUUGAGUACCAGGAGAAGAAGGGCAGUCUUCCUCUAAAGAUUGCCGCGUCUGGCGGAUUCGCUGGUGGCCCUAUUAACCUGGCCGCUAAGGUCUCCUCUCAGUACGUUUCGUCGUUGCUUAUGUGUGCGCCGUACGCCAAGGAGCCAGUGACCCUCAGGCUCGUCGGCGGUAAGCCGAUCUCCCAGCCGUACAUUGACAUGACGACUGCCAUGAUGAGAUCGUUCGGUAUCGAUGUGCAAAAGUCCACGACGGAAGAGCACACCUACCACAUCCCUCAGGGCCGUUAUGUCAACCCUGCUGAAUACAUUGUGGAAAGCGAUGCCAGUUCUGCGACCUACCCCUUGUCCAUUGCGGCGAUCACUGGAACUACUUGUACCGUGCCUAACAUUGGUUCUAAGUCCCUACAGGGUGACGCCCGCUUUGCCGUUGAUGUGUUGCGCCCCAUGGGUUGCACCGUUGAGCAGACUGAUACCUCGACUACCGUCACCGGUGUGCCUGGUGGUGCCUUGAAGCCUCUGCCCAACGUGGACAUGGAGCCCAUGACUGAUGCCUUCCUCACUGCCUCUGUCCUCGCAGCAGUCGCGCAAGGCGACAAUCCGAACCACACCACUCGUAUUUACGGAAUUGCGAACCAGCGUGUGAAGGAAUGCAACCGAAUCCAGGCUAUGAAGGAUGAGCUCGCCAAGUUCGGAGUCGUCUGCCGGGAACAUGAUGACGGUCUUGAGAUCGACGGCGUUAAUCGCUCCACCCUUCGUCAGCCUGCUGGUGGUAUUUUUUGCUACGAUGACCACCGUGUUGCCUUCAGCUUCAGCGUUCUGUCCCUCGUGGCCCCUCAGUCGACUCUUAUCCUGGAGAGAGAAUGCGUUGGUAAGACCUGGCCCGGCUGGUGGGAUACCUUGAGACAACUGUUCGCAGUCAGACUCGUAGGUAAGGAGCUGACGGAAGCCGAAUCCCCGGCUCUUACUCGUGCUGAAAAGGCGAGCGCCUCGGUCUACAUUAUCGGUAUGCGCGGGGCUGGAAAGACGACUACUGGACAUUGGGUCGCUCAAACAUUAAACCGUCCCUUCGUCGACCUUGACACCGAGCUUGAAACCUCCGAGGGCAUUACGAUUCCUGACAUGAUCAAGCAGCGCGGCUGGCAAGGAUUCCGGGAUGCUGAGCUCAACCUUUUGCAGAGAACGAUGAAAGAACGCGCUACCGGCUACGUCUUCGCAUGUGGUGGAGGCAUCGUCGAGAUUCCUGAGGCCCGUAAGCUGCUCACUGACUACCACAAGGGCAAGGGAAAUGUCCUACUGGUUAUGCGCGAUAUCAAACAGGUCAUGGACUUCCUGUCGAUCGACCAGACCCGCCCGGCCUACGUUGAGGAUAUGAUGGGUGUGUGGCUGCGCCGUAAGCCUUGGUUCCAGGAAUGCAGUAACAUUCAGUACUACAGCCAGCACUCGGGUUCGGGGGCCCUUGCUCUCCCGUCUGAGGAUUUCAAGCGCUUCUUACACGUUGUCACUGGACAGUUGGACAACCUCAGUGUCAUGAAGAAGAAGAAGGAGUCUUUCUUCGUUUCGCUGACCUUGCCCGACUUGCGUUCUUCGGGUGAUAUUCUGAGCCAAGUUAGCAUCGGGUCCGAUGCGGUAGAGUUGCGAGUCGAUCUGUUGAAGGACCCAUCGUCAGACAGCGACAUUCCUUCCGUUGACUACGUCGCGGAGCAAGUGUCUUUCCUCCGUAGUCGCAUCUCUCUUCCUCUGAUUUUCACCAUUCGGACACAGAGCCAGGGCGGUCGCUUCCCCGACGAUGCUCACGACGCCGCAAUGCAGUUGUACAAGCUUGCACUCAGAUCUGGCAGUGAGUUUGUGGAUCUUGAAAUCGCCUUCCCUGAUGAGAUGCUCCGUGCUGUAACCGAGAUGAAGGGCCACUCCAAGAUCAUCGCCUCGCACCACGACCCCAAGGGUGAACUCUCGUGGGCCAACAUGUCCUGGAUGAAGUUCUACAACCGGGCGCUGGAAUACGGUGACGUGAUCAAGCUGGUUGGCGUGGCCAAGAACCUCGACGACAACACAUCCCUCCGCAAGUUCAAGACAUGGGCCGAGGAGGCUCAUGAUGUGCCUUUGAUCGCAAUCAACAUGGGCGACAAUGGCCAGCUGAGCCGCAUCCUUAACGGCUUCAUGACUCCCGUAUCUCACCCUGCUCUUCCCUUCAAGGCUGCGCCUGGUCAACUCUCUGCAACUGAAAUCCGCCGAGGUCUGUCGCUGAUGGGCGAGAUCAAGGCGAAGAAAUUUGCUGUGUUCGGAAGCCCCGUUUCCGCUUCUCGCUCGCCAGUCCUCCACAACACACUUUUCAAGUACAUGGGUCUUCCACACGAGUAUGGCCGAUUGGAGACUACGAACGUCGAGGACGUAAAGGACUUCAUCCGGUCGCCAGACUUCGGAGGUGCAUCGGUCACCAUCCCCUUGAAGCUGGACAUCAUGCCGCUACUUGACGAGGUCGCCGAAGCAGCCGAGAUCAUCGGUGCUGUGAACACCAUCGUCCCGGUUCCCAACGGCGAAGGCAAGCCCGCCCGCCUGGUUGGUUACAACACCGACUGGCAGGGCAUGCAGCUGUCCCUCCGCAACGCUGGCGUUGGCAAUGCCGCCGGACUCGCGAGUGCUGCUGUCGUUGGUGGUGGUGGUACCGCUCGCGCAGCCAUCUACGCUCUUCACCAGAUGGGCUACUCCCCCAUCUACAUCUUCGGCCGCUCCCCCGCCAAGCUGGAGAGCAUGGUGUCCACCUUCCCCACUAGCUACAACAUCCGCGUCGUCGAGGACAUCUCGAAACUGGAUACCGUCCCGGACGUCGCUAUCGGAACCAUCCCUGGCGACAAGCCAAUCGACCCUGCCAUGCGCGAGAACCUCUGCCAUCUGUUCGACCGCACGGAGCAGGUAGACCCGGACCGCGUCAAGUCCAUCGACAAGUCGCCGCGGGUGUUGCUAGAGAUGGCGUACAAGCCUGCAGUGACGCCGUUGAUGCAGCUUGCUAGUGACUCCGGUUGGGAAACUGUGCCUGGAUUGGAGGUGUUGGUUGGACAGGGGGUUUUCCAGUUCAAACACUGGACCGACAUUUCUCCCCCGUAUAACGACGCAAGGGAUGCUGUGCUUGGAAACUCCUCGUCAUAA